CAGGGAACAAGGGGCAAAAACAGAGAGAAUGACGUAGCGCAGGACAGCUGACAGCCCGUAACAGGGGUCGCAUCCCGCAAUCUUGGCCGAAGAAGUCGGGGACCAGUGGAUAUAAACUACCAUGAAGAACCCAUGGGAAGGGAAGGUUCAACCCAAAGCAAAGCAAACCCGUUCAUCCUCAGUAUAACUAUCACUUACACAUCAAACCAACAACAACACACCCCCCUUUUCUACCCACAAAAAUGAACACCAACAACAACAAGAACAACUCGGGCCUCACCGGCGCGGGCAAAGCCGUGACCUCCACCCUCGGCAACACGGUCGGCGGGCUGGCCAACACGGUCGGCGGCGUGUUGGGGGCCGCGUCGCGCGGCGUGGGGGAGACGGUCAGCGGCGCGACGGGUGGCGUCGGCCGGCCGCUCGGCGACGGCAUCGCCAACAUCGGCACAGGCGUCGAGGGCGGUGUGGCUUCUGUGGCGCAGGGGGUGAAGGAUGCGGGGGAGUGGAAGACGGGGAAGAAGUGAAGAAGUGAUGGGGUGAGUGGGGGUUGGGGUUGGGGGUUGGGUUAUGAGGGGACUGGGCAGGGGAUGGCGGUGGGAGGGUUGACUAUGGGCUUGGGAUAUAUGGGAGGAUGAACUCGAAUUUUUAAAGGUUGUUAGGUAUGCAUGGGUGAAGGAUGCUGGGGUUUGAAUUACUCUAUUGAAAGAAAUAUUUGCUCGUGGUCAGCCUGCCCGCCUUGGCGUGCUGAACUUGUUUUUGAGAUUUGAGACAUCUGAGCCGCAUCGGGGAAGCUGCAAUGUUGGAAAGUUCACAGACGGAUGAAGAGAUAUAAAA